AUGGAGCGGGCGAACCAGCCACCACCACCGCGACGCACAGCGAACCACCACCACCGCGACGCACAGCGGCAGCGCCGCACACCACCAGAGCUAGGGUUUUGUCGAAUCUCUGUGGGGCUGUGCGGUGGUGAUGGUAGUAGCAGUGAUGAGAGGCGGCGACGGUGGAGAGGACGAUUCAUCUCUCGACAGAUCUCCCCCAGAUUUCUUUGGUUUUGUUCUUCAACUAACUUGAAUUUCGUCUUUGAUUUUCAGAUUACUGAAAUAAAGCCUCUUGAACUUCGAGUAAAAUUUGGUUCUGGUUUCAACGGAAGAAUACAUAUAACUGAGGCAACUGAUGAUAAUUCUGCUGAUAGUCCCUUUAGUAACUAUAGAGUUGGGCAGUCACUGACUGCAAGGAUUGUUUCAAAGGGUAAUAAGACAGCGAGUAGUAGGGGAUAUAAUGGAUGGGAAUUAUCAAUCAAGCCAUCCUUGCUUAAAGGAUAUACUGAAACAAGUAAAUCAUUAUCUUCAGAAGACAUCAACUAUUCUUAUGGACAGUGUGUUUCUGGUUUUGUGUAUAAGAUCGACCCUGAGUGGGCCUGGCUGACUGUUUCUCGAGAGUUUAUGGCUCAGCUGUAUAUUCUUGACUCCUCGUGCGAACCUUGUGAACUUGCGGAUUUCCAGAAGAGAUUUUAUGUGGGCAAAGCUAUUUCAGGAUUUUCUAGUUUCUCUUCCCUAGAAAUUGAAGGCGGCGGCGGCCACCCUUCAUCUCCAGCGGCGACGGAAAAUAGAGAAGAAGGAGAGGAAGAAGAUCCCGUGUGAUUGAAGGAGUUUCUAGAGAAAUCCGAGCUCAAAGUGAAGGAUGAAUUCACGUCCAAAUGCUUCGAAGUCAAUAAUAGUUUGUUGUAUUUUGAUUGUAGAUUGAAUUGAUCCGGAUAAUAUUUUAUUGUAUUUUGAUUGUUGAUUUAGAGGAAUUGAUGUAUUUUGAUGGUA